GCGCGGCAGACCUCAGCUUGGUUCAGUAGCGUGACGAGCGUCGAUCUGUGUGUUCAUCGGUUCGCUAUUGUGCGCAACUCUCACGAGUGCUGACUCCUUAAUCGCUUCGUGACGUUCAUCGUUCUUUCUCUUCCAUCUGAUUAUCGUCGUUGUCCUGGUUGUCAUUUUUUCUCGUUUCUCUUUUCUCGUAUGUCGAGAUCGAAACGCGGCCGAGUCAAAUCGACGUGUUAGGACCGAGACGCGUGUGUGUCAUCGAUACGCUUGGCGGAGGACGAGCAGUAGGAGCCAACGAUCGAGGGAAGCAGAACGUUCGAGCGCGGUGAAGGAGCGGAAGUGGACGAGAGAAAGACGGAGAGAAACAGAGGAAGAGACAUUGAGGUGGUGUCCAUUUUGGCUGCUUGGAGUAUUGGGGAUACAUUUCGAAAGUAAACGUUCGUCUAGUUUCGGCAGUACGAUGCAGAGCAACGGUUCGGAAAAUGUAGGAUCUGAGAAUGGAGUCGACAAAUCAGGAUGGACGGUUGGAUUAAUCAACGGAAAGUUCAAGUAUCUAACAGCGGAGACGUUUGGUUUUAAAAUCAACGCUAACGGUUCGAGUCUGAAGAAGAAGCAAUUGUGGACUCUGGAGGGCAGUGAACAUCAGGUUUUCCUUCGCUCGCACUUGGAUAGAUACCUAGCGGUCGAUCAGUUUGGUAAUGUGACGUGCGAAAGUGAAGACUCAUCGGAUCCAGGAUGCGCUUUUCAAAUACAACUUGCUUCUGAUGGUAGCGGGCGAUGGGCUUUGAAAAACCUCCAAAGAGGCUAUUUCUUGGGCUCGAGCCAAGAUGAAUUGAAGUGUACCGCUAAAGCUCCAGGUGAGGCGGAGUACUGGCUCGUGCACCUUGCCGCUAGACCGCAGGUGAAUCUUCGAUCAGCUGGGAGGAAACGUUUUGCACACCUCAGUGCUACCCAGGACGAAAUCCACGUAGACGCGCCGGUGCCCUGGGGUGAGGACACCUUAUUUACUUUGGAAUUUCGCCCAACGACGGGUGACGAUGACACUCGCGGAAAUCAUUCCAAGUCUGAGGGCGGUCAUUACGCAUUACAUACUUGCAACAACAAAUACCUCGCACGUGAUGGCAAACUUCUGGAUACUUGCACGCGAGACUGCCUGUACGCCGCUGAAUUCCACGCUGGUCUUCUCGCUCUUCGGGAUAUACAUGGUGCAUAUUUGGCGCCGAUUGGAAGUAAGGCUGUUUUGAAAUCGAGAUCAACGACUGUUACGCGCGAUGAGCUCUUCUCCUUGGAGGAAUCUUUGCCGCAGGCAUCCUUCGUUGCAGCGUUGAACCAGCGAUAUGUUUCCGUAAAGCAAGGCGUUGACGUGACAGCCAACCAGGAUGAAAUCUCCUGUCACGAGACAUUCCAGUUAGAGUUCGACCGAGUGACGAAACGAUGGUACGUGCGAACGAUGCAGGACCGUUACUGGAGCCUGGAAGCUGGCGGCGGUAUACAGGCGUCAGAGCACAAGCGCUCGUCGAAUGCGCUUUUCGACUUGGUCUGGCAGUCAGAUGACGGGACGGUCGCGCUGCGCGCCAACAAUGGCAAGUUCUUGGCCACCAAGCGCUCUGGGCAUCUUUACGCGAAUGCCGAUUUGUUGAACAGCAACGACUCUGAUGCUGCCAAGUACUAUUUCUACUUGAUGAAUCGGCCUGUGUUGGUGCUGCGAUGUGAACAAGGUUUCGUUGGACCUAAGAGUGCGGCUAGUCCCAAGCUCGAGUGCAAUAAGGCUAUCUACGAGACGAUACGCGUCGAGCGAUGCGAGCGUGGCGUGGUCAGAUUCAAAGAUGAGGAGAUAGCUCCAGGAAACUUCGUGGUCAUUCAGCAAUUACUGUACCCAGAGAAGUUCCGCAGCUGCAGUGACAAGGGAUAUAUAUUCGGCCUCUAGAAGAGAAAGCCACACAAUCCUGCCUUCUUGUUCCCCACAGCACAGAAUUGUCAAAGAUCUGGACCAGAUACCCUGAUGUUGAUUUCUGUAACGUGUGGGUUUUUAUUAAUGAACCAGGUGUUGUCUGUUACUCACUAUCAGUCUUUAUUCACCUUCGUCUCUACACAGCUCUGCUCGCUCGCCAUCUUCCUUCUUCCUGCCCCUUCCUCUACCAUACCUCAAGCCGCACUUCUAUGAGCCUUCUAUUACUACUACAACAUCUUCCUUCUUUUACACAAACAAUAUUUUCAGCUUAAUAACUAAUAUAAUAACUAAGAAUCUUCAAUAUUACAAACAUAAUCUUGCAGAUGCGACGGUUUAUUAACUAUACGUCCUGAUCUUGUUGUAAUUUGUUUCGCUUUAUCAUUAUCCCUACUUUCAUUCACAAUCUCACGCUCUCCUUCUUCCUCAACCUUAGACCCUUCCUCACCAGCUACCUGACUUUCUGUCUCCGACUCUCCUAAAUAAACAUUAGCCUGUGCUUCAAAUUUGUUUCCUACCGAUAAUGCUUUUCUAUUUCUGCUUAUUAUUUGCCCCUGUUUCGUUUUGAUUUUGUAUGAUCUUGGAUUCUCAUGUAACGCAACUACAAUUCCGCUUUUAUGUGAUAGCUGUCUGUUUUCAUUAUGAACCUUAACUACAUCCCCCACUUUCAAUUCCUUUAAAUUCCUAGCAGUUCUGUCAUAAUAUUGUUUUUGUCGUUCUUGUCGUUUCUUUAAUACUUCCUUAAAGCUAUCUCUUUCAAUUUUUCUUUUAUCUUCAAACGUGGGCAAUAUGCCUCGUACUUGUCGCCCAUACAAUAGUUCGGCCGGCGUAACACCAUCACUAUCAAUUGGCGUAUUUCUAUAAUGUAACAAAGCUAACUCUUUAUCCUUUCCUUCUUUAAAAAUUUUCAUGAACACUUUUUUAAUUGUUUGAAUGUAUCUUUCCGCCAAUCCAUUGGAUUGGUGGUGCUUCGGCGUUACUUUGAUGUGCUGAAAACUCCAAUAGUUUGCAAAUUUUUCAAAUUUAUAAUUUGUAAAUUGUGUUCCAGCAUCUGAAUAAAGAAUUUUUGGUACUCCAUGUCUUGACAAAAUUCUUUUCAUUGCUCCUAUUGUAGAUUCAGCCAUCAAAUCACUAAGUUCUUCAACUUCUACAUAUUUGCUAAACAUAUCUACCACAAUUAAAUAUUGUUUUCCAUGUAAAAAAAAUAUAUCUGUAGCUAAUAUUUCCCACGGUUCAUUUGGUAAUUCCCUUUGAAUCAAUGGUUCCUUUGUGUUCGCACGCUGGUAACUUUUACAAAUAUCGCAAUUAUUAAUUACAUCUUCUAUUUGCUUUGACAUUCCCGGUCAAAAUAUACUUUUUCUCGCUAGCGCUUUACAUUUCUCCAUUCCUUGAUGAGUAUAAUGCACUUUUUUAACCAUCUCAGAUCUAGAACAUUGCGGUAUUAUUACACAUGUAUUUUUUAAUACUAACCCUUUAUUUUCACUUAACUCAUCCUUAAACGAAAAGAACGGCUUAGCACCCUCACUGACAUCUGACUUACUUUCAGGCCAGCCUUCUCGAAUAUAUCUAAUUGCUUCCUGCAACUGUGCAUCUACUUUAGUCUUUUUUCUUAUAUCUUCUAAUCUUAUAUCUGUAAUAUUAACACUCGUUUCUAUCAUUGCUACAAAAGCCUCAACUAUUUUUUCAUCUUCUAACGUUGUUUCUUUCAAAUACAUUCUACUCAAGUGAUCCGCUAUUAUUAUUUCUUUUCCUGCAAUAUGCUUUAGAACAAAAUCAAAACUUUGUAAUUUUAUUCUUAUUCUUUGUAAUCUUAUCAGACUCUUGUUCAAUGGUUUUUUAAAUAUAGAGAUCAACGGUUUAUGAUCUGUUUCCACUACAAAUUUUUGCCCAAACAAAUACUGACUAAAUUUUUUACACCCGAAUGCAAUUGCUAAACAUUCUUUUUCAAUCUGACUAUACAUUUUUUCGGUUUCCGUCAACGCCCUUGACCCAUACGCUAUAGGUCUGUUGUUUUGAAAAAUUACACAUCCUAAACCCUCACUAGAGGCAUCGACACUUAAUGUAAUUGAUUUUGUCACAUCAAAAUAUGCCAACACUGGUGGCUUACAAAGUUUUUGUUUUAAAUUAUCAAACGCUUGUUGCUGAGAUUCACUCCAAGUGAAUUGAACAUCAUUUUUUGUUAAUUGUCUUAGACUUGACGUUAUUUGCGCAAAAUUUGGUAUAAAUUUAGCUACAUAAUUCACUGUUCUCAGAAAAGUCAGCAAUUCUUUUUUAUUUUCAGGUACUCUCAUUUCUUUAAUUGCUUUCACUUUGGUUUGAUCCACUUCUACUCCUUCACCUGUUAAAUCAUGUCCUAAAUAUUUAACUCGCGUAACACCAAAUUGACAUUUUUUUUUAUUAAAUUUUACCCCAUACUCUUGUGCGCGUUUCUUUACUUUUUCCGUUGUUAAUUCUAAUUCUUUUUUAUUAUUUGCAAAUAUCAAUAGAUCAUCUAUAUAAAUUGCUACAUUCUCUAUUCCAUCAAAGAUUUGACUAAAUACUCGGUGAAACACUUCUGGACUUGAGCUCAGGCCAUAUGGUAAUCUAUUAAAAUGAUAUCGCCCAAAUGGAGUAUUAAAUGUUGUUAAUUCACUGGAAUCUUUAGUUAGCUCAACUUGCCAAAACGCUUUAUUAGCAUCUAGUGUCGUAAAACAUUUUGCGCCCUUUAGCUUAGCUGCAAUUUCUUCUACCGUUGGCAAUUGUAAGUGUUCUCUUUUUAUACAUGAAUUUAAGUACUGAGGAUCUAAACAGACUCUAACGGUGCCAUCUGAUUUUCCAACCAUUACCAGUGAGUUAACAAAAUCUGUUGGCUUCUCUAUUUUUGAAAUUAUCCCUUUUUUUCCAUCUCUACUAGUUCUUUCUUUAAUUUAUUCAUCAAUUUAAAUGGAACAUGUCUACAUGGCUCAAUUUUCCCUACACUGCCUUCUUUCAAUUCAAUUUUAUACUGAAAAUCUUUAAUUCUUCCUACCCCGUGAAAAACAUCUUUAUAUUUAUGUGUGAAAUUAUCGGUGUUCCUUUUGUCAAUCACAGCUACACUUUCCUCCUCUGAACCUUCAACCCUUUUUAUUAAAUCAAAUUCACAAGCAGUCUCUAGUCCUAAUAUUGGAGCUAAUGUAUCAUUCGUAACUUGAAACUCUAUACUUUUGAUCUUAUUAUGAGUUUUGCACCUUAAUUUUAUUUUACCAAGUGUCUCAAUUUUAGUUCCUGUAUAAUUUACUAACUUUAAAUUAGAUUUUUUUAUCUGCUUUAUACCCAAUUUUCGACACACAUUUUUUGAAAUUACAUUACAUUUCGCGCCUGUGUCAAUUUUAAAUACUACUUUUUUAUCAUUAUAGUCUACAAACUUCACUUGUUGUACCCAUUCUUUUCUUGCAUCUACCAUGUCUACACUUAUUACCUCAAUCAUAUCCUCCUCAUCGCUCUCCAUUUCGCUCUUAUUAGUGUCAACAAAUUUUACCUCUUUCUCUUGUUUACACAUUUUAUAAAAAUGUCCUAUCUUGCCGCAUUUCUUACAUAUUCUGCCGUACGCUGGACAGUUUCUAUAUUUGUGACUGUAUCCACACCGCUGACAUGUUUCUUGAUCUUCUUGCACUCCUUCACGCGUUGACCUUUCCUCUCCUGCUUGUCGUUUCGCCUUCUCCUUAACCACCGAUGUCGCUGCAAACGGUUGUCUCUGCUUCACCGAUUUCUUCUUUACCACAGAGACCUCUGCUGUAGGUUCCAUCUGCUUUACCUGCUGUUCUGCUAGUUCUGCCGUCUUGCAUAACUGGAUCGUUUUUGUCAGAGUUAAGUCCGAUUCUCUAAGAAGCCUAUCUUUCAGUCUUCUGUCACUUAUGCCAGCAACUAUUCUAUCUCUUAUCAACCGAUCUCUGAGAUCACCAAAGUUACAAUCUACACUUAACUUUUUCAGUUCUGUUAUAUAUGCAUCAUAUGUUUCUCCAACUUGUUGAUUCCUCGUAAAAAAAAUGUGUGAGCACACACUUUCAUUUUUUUACUGGCACAAAAUACUCCUCAAACUUAUUUAUCACCACGCUGUAAUUCUUUUGCUGUUCACUCGUCAAAUUGAAUGUGUUAUAUACAUCCAGGCAUGCCUCUCCUAUUCUGUGUAACAAAAUGGCCACUUGUACUUCUCCUGACAUCUUAUCUGUUCCCGAGGCUAUACGAUAUAUUUCAAAUUUCUGCUUCCAACGUUUAAACCCUUCUGUCGUCAAAUUUGACAAGUUUUCCGGGGGUUUUAAUCCCGAGAUCCGUGGAAUACCCUCAGUGUCCGGCAUGAUGUCUUUUUCCUCCGCAAUCGAGCAGAUCCAGUAUGUUGCCUAUUUUUCCUUUCUUUAAUUGUCUAUUAUAUUUCUUGGCCGCAGCGCCAUGUAACGUGUGGGUUUUUAUUAAUGAACCAGGUGUUGUCUGUUACUCACUAUCAGUCUUUAUUCACCUUCGUCUCUACACAGCUCUGCUCGCUCGCCAUCUUCCUUCUUCCUGCCCCUUCCUCUACCAUACCUCAAGCCGCACUUCUAUGAGCCUUCUAUUACUACUACAACAAUUUCCGGUCAUCUCCGCUGCCAAAAUCUGCGUCUACGUAGCAUGCCACAAUUUGUUCUUGGUUUUUUCUGAAAAUGAGACAAAAUUUAGGUGUGCGUCUUAUUCCACGCUCUUGGAGCUUGUUUGAGCCCAUAAAGAGCUUUCUUUAGUCUGCAAGUUUUUCUUUGAUGCUCGGGGAAAUCGGGUGGAAUGUCCACGUAAAUUUUUUCUUCCACUUUGCCAUGAAAAAAUGCAUUGUUGACAUCCAGCUCUCGAUACAUUAGUUCCUCUUCGUUGAGUGCAUCCCUUCACAAAUCGAGCCUUGUAGCAUUCAAUGUCUCCAUUAGCAUCGUGCUUGAUUCGGAAGACCCAUUUGCUUGCAAUUGACCGUUUUCCUGGAGGCAAUUUAACAAUUUCCCAGGUUUCAUUUUCAGUUAAUGAUUUGAUCUUCUCCUGAAAUGCUUCUUCCCAGUUUUUUUGAUUAGGUCAACCCUGAAUUUUCUCAUACGAUUCUGGUACAUCUUCAACAAAAUAAUUCUGCUUUGAGUGCCAUGGGUACAUAGUCAUCCAGGUGUCGAGGUGCCAGUUUGUUUCUUAGACUUCUUCAAGAAAAUUCUUCAUAGUCUUGUCUUUUCAGUUAAUCUGUCGAUUCUUCUCUUAAAUCCGAGAUUUUUCCUUUUCCUUCGGAACCGCUGCUUUUUUCAGUCUUCUCGACAAUUGUUUCUUCCACAGGGUUUUCCAAAGAUUGUUCCUCGAGAUUUAUCUUAUCUUGAUCGUUGUUCAGCCAGUCUUCCGUACGUGAUCCUUCGAAACAGAAAUGUUUUUCAUCAAAACUUACAUCUCUUUCGAAUAUAAUUUUUCUAUUUUGUUUGGACACCACAAUCCAUAUCCAUUUGUACAAUAGUCUACCAUGUAGCAUCGUUUUGAGCGUGAGUCAAAUUUUCCUUUUACAUUUUCGGCUGAAAUCUUCAGAAAUGCGAUGCACCUAAAGAUCCUCAAUUUUUUUAAAUUUGGCGGAUGUCCAAACCAAAAUGUUGCUAGCAAUCCUCCUCCCAAUGCUGAUAUUGGGCUUCUGUUGAUCAGAUACACGGCAGUUAUUGCAGUUUCAGCCCAAACUUUUUCCCAACUUUGAAUUUAAAAUUAUGCAUAUGGCUCGUUCGAUGAUUGUUCUGUUCAUUCUCUCAGCUACACCGUUCUCUUGUAGUGUGUAGCGUAUUGUAAACUCAAACUAAAAGCCUUUUUCUUCAAAAUGUGACCUUAUUUCAUUCAAGAUAUACUCUCUUUCAUUGUCGCAACGAAAACAACUAAUUUUUGUAUUGAAAUGAGCCGUAGACAUAGCUUCAAAGGCCCUGAAAUACUUGAGUACCUGUGACUUCGCUUCGAGUGGAUAUGCUACGUAAAAUGAGAGUAAUCAUCGAUAAAUGUAAACAGAUAUUUUUUACCAUCAAAUGAAGACGGUGUAAUCGGACCAAACAAGUCACUGUGUACCAGCUGCAGGGGUCGUGUGGCGCGCCUAAGUUGUUAAUCAUUAGGCAACUUUACUUGCUUUUUUCGACGCAUGUGUCGCAGAUUUCUGGUGUCAAUGUUGUGUCCUGAUUAAUUUCUACAGCCUCAUCGCUGAGUUUCCUCAGAUUUUUGUAGUUUAGAUGUCCCAUCUUCUCGUGUGAAAUUCGUGCGUCAUUUUUUUUCGACAAACAUUCGCUUGACUCGAUCUUCUUUUGAACUCAAGCUCGUACAAUUUUUUCCUCUUUCCGCUAUUGCCACAGUUGUUCCAUUCUUCGUGAUUGUCCCUCUUCCGUUGCUGAACUUGAUUUCAAAUCCGUUCAUUUCCAACUUUCAUACUAAAAGUAAAUUAUGACUGAGACCUGGUACCACGAGAACGCAUUAAAUCUUGAUGGGAGUUUCUUUUCCUUCGAUCAUUGCAUUGGCUUUUAUUGGGUUGUUUGGAAAGUAAUUUCCGUUUUUUUUUUUCCAAUAGAGGGCAACUUCACACUUGAGCCGCAUAAUCAUUAUAUAUUUGGCAUAUAACAAGGCUUGCUUGUGAAAAAGAUCGAUUGAUUCUACGCAGUAGUUUUUGUUUGGUGCCCUAUCAAAUAUGGAAAGUAAAAAGCAACAUUUUUGGCAUAUUGUAUUUUUUUACUAUCGAAAAGGUAAAAAUGCUGUUCAAGCAAGAAAAAAAUUAUCCGAUGUAUAUGGAGAAAAUAGAUACCCACCAUAUUCUCCAGAUCUGGCACCUUUUGAUUAUUAUUUGUUCCGGUCUCUACAAAAUUUUUUAGACGGUAAAAUUACUUCAAAUGAGGAAGUCAAAAAUCAUCUGGAUUAGUUUUUUGCUAGCAAAGAACAAAAAUUUUAUGAGCGUGAAAUCAUACUACUGCCAGAAAGAUGGCAAAAAGUAUUGGAAAAUAGACAAUAUAUAAUUCAAUAAAAUAUUUAUUCACUAUAAGAAAAUCGUCUUUCAUUUUUAUAAAAAAAAAAACGAAAUUACUUUCCAAACAACCUAAUAAAUUUCCGGCCAUAUCUGCUCUAAGUGUCAUAUUGGAUUUAGUUACUUUGAUAACCAUUGGAUGCUUCAAAUUCCGUAGGUUUGUCAGCCCUUCGUCAGUACGAAUCAAAUGAUCGGUUACUCUAGAAUCCGGGUAGAAAUUUAGACCAUUUUCUUAUCUGAUAGUUGACGUCGUUGAUGAAAAACAAAUUCCGUUAUUUCUUCGUUAUUUGCAAGAUUCGCUGUUGAUUUCUUGUCUCUCAGAUUUUUUUUCUUGGGCAAUCGGAUUUUUUGUGGCCGGUUUUUCCAUACCCGUAGCAAUCGUAUGGAAAUGUCAUUUUAUUGCUUGAAAAUUUUCCAAGAAAUUUUCUUCCCCUUCUGGCUGUCGAUGAAAACGCCGUUGACGGAUGCUACUCACUCCUUUUUCCUUGACCACCGAGUUCCUUUCGCUUCGAUUUCUCGGCCAGCAACCUAUUUUUGACAAAUCCGAUUGAUAAGUCGUUAAUUAAUAACGUUUCUAGUGCCAUUAUUACUACACUGAAUUUGCUCGGCAUGGUGAGCAUAAGAUGACAAACAACGUCAGUCUCCUUGAGUGUGACGACAGUUUGUUGUAAUUCGCGAAUCGUCGCGAUUUGUCGAACUUUAGAAAGUAAUUUACAAGUAUUUCAAUUGCCGAAUUGAAUUUUAUCUAUAACAGGGCUUUACGAAUAAGUAACUAGUUUACAAUGUCUUUUCGUUCAAACAUCGCACUCAGCGAAUUCCAGAGAUCAAACGUGUUUGCCUUAUCCUUGGCAUACUCUAAGUGACUAUCCGCGAUUCUCUAUAUUAUUUAAGACUUGCAUUUCCAUCUUUAUCAAAUUUUCCAGCUGUUGCUGUUCCGCAGGUGUUAACUGCGUCGCUGCCGCCUCCACUAUUUCGUUGUCUGGUUUUUGAGUGAAUUCAAGCAAAUCCUUUUCCUUCAACAACACCUCCAUCCGGAAUUUCCAAUUGCUGAAAUUAUUCCCAUCAAAAAGGGGAAUCCUGUACUUCUUCUCGUCGGCCAUUUUUUCCUUGUCGAGGAUUCUGUGCGUUGCAACAUGUUGACGAAGAUUUCCGAAAGACCGAUAUUAUUCCGACCACUCGAAUUCUACCGAUACUUCCAAUUAUUUCGCGCGUCCUGAGCCCAUAACUUAUUGUUUUGUGCAGAGCGGGUAGUGACUCUAACAGCACACUGACGUCCUGAGGACAUCCUGAGGCUCUCACAAAGUACAAUUGAGAUAAUCUCAGAACAUUCUCAAACGUACUGCGAUAGACGUAAUAUGUUCUGCGAAUGAUCGAAUGUCCUAUGUAAACAAAUAAGGUAAAAUGAUAUACCUAAUAUUUCCGAACGCAGCCCUGUAGAAAUUCGGCCAUGUCGGCCACGCGUUGAUGCUGGCAAUGCCGGAACCCGAACAAUCGAAGAAGAAACCGGAACUAGGUAAUUACAUGUGAACAUGGCAUUGGUGUAGCGUUUUCGCGCCCGAUGCGCGCAACCUGAGAAUGUACGCGUGCAAAAAAAA